UUUUUAAUAUUUUGGUUUAAGGUGUUUCCCAUUGCACGUCGUCUUAUUUGAGAGAGUACCUCGGCUAAUCUGAAAAUAUGUAAUGCGGUGCAUUUAAAUACUGAUAGGUAGUUGCUUCGACACUAUUGUUUCUGCUCCAUCGCCACCCUUUUAAAUCUCUCGGCAGAGGUCGAUUGUUAGCCCAUUCCCAUGUUUCUCAUUUUGCGUCUCUUUACGAAAUGGAUCAUAUUCAGAACAAUACACAAAAGCUCAAGUUUGAUCUUCUGUUUGUGAAAAGGUUUCUCAAACUGUUCACCUUUAUGUUUCCAUCAUUCCUCAGCCUCCCAACAUUACUCUGCAUCUUUCUGUUAUUGCUGUCCAUGUUAGAACAAUUUAUCAUUUAUAAACUCGGAUUAAUACCAAGUCAGUAUUAUGAGAUCUUGGGAAACAAAGAUGCUGUGAGCUUUAAAAGCAUUACAAUCCGAGCUCUCCUUAUUAUUGUCACGGAAGCUUUUAUAAGUAGCACACUUCGUUACACUGUCUCCAUGUUACAUAUACAAUGGCGUGAACAUUUGACAUUGACUCUCCAUAAAGAAUAUUUCAAAGAUGUGCUUUACUACUAUGUCAAUAUGUUCUGUAGAGACAUUGACAAUCCAGACCAACGUAUAGCUGAGGACUUGAAUAACAUGUGUGAUACUUUCAGCCAAAUAUUUGCACCAAUUAUCCUUGCUCCUUUCAUUAUUGUUUAUUAUGUCUACCAAACUAUUGUAAUAAGUGGUUAUAUUGGUCCUUUGGUAGUGUUUGGAUUUUUCAUUGUUUUUAGCUUCAUCAACCGCUUUAUCAUGUCUAGAGUGGUGUAUAACGUGUAUAAAAAAGAAAAACUUGAAGGAGAUUUUAGGUUUAAACACAUGCAGAUAAGAGUCAAUUCUGAACCAAUGGCCUUUUACCAAUCAGGUUCAACUGAAUGUUUAAAAUCAAACAAUAUAUUAUUUGAUCUCUUACGAAGUCAGUACAGAGUUGCACAGAAGAAUUAUUUACUCAAUUUUUUUGUCAAGAUGUCGGACUAUAUUGGUGUAAUACUAAAUUAUAUCAUUCUUGCCAUUCCAAUAUUUGCUGGUUUGUAUAAUGACUUGUCUGCUGCAGAAUUAUCUUCAGUCAUAAGUAAGAAUGCCUUCAUUAUAAUAUAUUUAAUAAACAACUUCACCAGGCUAAUUGAUUUGUCCGUGAAUGCUGCUACGACAGCUGGUCUUGCUCACCGUGUUGGACUGCUGUUUGAAACUUUGCUUCAACUGAAGAACAGUGAGAAACCCUUGAUAACCACAUAUGCCAAUUCAACAGAGAGAAGAUUUAUAAAUGACUGUUCUUUUCGUAGAUCUUCCCUUCUAGAAGAUUCCUUCAGUUGCUCAAAUGUUGCUUUCAAAGUACAGAAUGUUUCAUAUAGCAUACCUAGAUCUAAUGUGAUGCUUUGUAAAAAUUUGACCUUUCAACUUCAAAUUGGAACAAAUGUAUUAUUAACUGGUGAAAGUGGAUGUGGUAAAAGCUCCUUGUUACGAGUAAUCAGUGGCUUGUGGCCACAUGCAUCAGGAACUAUCAGUUGUCCCCAUUUCCUUGGUUCUGAUGGAAUUAUGUUCUUGCCACAAAAACCAUAUCUUACCAAUGGGAGUUUAUUACAACAAAUUAUUUACCCUGAAUAUGAAAACACUUUUAUAUAUGAUUCUAUUACAACUGAAAGGAUAUUUCAUUAUUUAGACAGAGUCCAACUCAAUGAUUUGGUUUCUUGUGUUGGCCGUCUUGAUGCCAAGGUAGAAUGGAAUUGGUACAAUGAAUUAUCACCUGGACAGCAGCAGCGACUUUGUUUUGUUAGAUUAUUCUAUCAUAAACCCAAAUUUGCAGUUCUUGAUGAAUCUACAAAUCAAAUAAGUCCUGAGUCCGAAGAGAUUAUGUAUUCCAUGUGCAAAGAGUUUGGUAUUACAGUCCUCAGUGUUGGACAUAGACAGAGUUUAACCAAAUAUCACCAAAUGCUACUUCAUAUAGAAGGUGAUGGUAACUGGACUAUGAAACCUAUAACGAAUUCUAGUUGAUUAUUCUAUGAAGUCAUCAAAAGUAGCAAAAGUUCACUGUAGAUAAUCGCUUGUCUGCUCUACAAAUAGAUUUCAAAUUUGACUCAAUUAUAUUUUCAGAGAAUUGUUUUUCUAUAUUUAUAUUCAUAUGAAGGAAUUCAUUUGAUUUUUAGUUUUUUAAAAAGAAAAUGUAUUUGUGACAAAGUAUAUCUCUGUUCACAUGUGUGUAUUUGUGUAGAGAAAAUAUGUUUGUGUGUGUGUAGAGAGAGAGAGAGAGAGAGAGAGAGAGAGAGAGCAGUGUUUCUCAACCUAUCUUCUCCCAGGUUUCACCAUAACUUUCCAGAAAAAUGUAUGCUCCACCAGUAGUUGAAAAAAAAAAAAAACAACUUUAUUUCUAAUAUUUUAUCACAAUUAUUUAAUACAAAAAAUCUAAUGGUAACUCUUUUAUUAAGUGCUGAGUACAAACCGAAGUACAUUAUUGACUAAGAAACAAAAGUAAAUCACUUUAUUGAGAACUUUGUGCCUGGCGGCUGUGGCAGAUUUCCUUGAUUUGAAGAGAUAAUUUUGUUAGCUUCAGUCAUAAAUCACCACGUUUUUUUUGACUUCUCAUAAUUAUAUACUUUCCUUACAGAAAGUUUCAUACUAGGGCAUUAGAAUAGCACUAUGCUGUAGCAAACAACCUUCACACAGUGUGCUUGGCUGGAAGAAUUGGUUUGGGUAGGCUGACUAUAGGUGUAGUAUGUUUGCUCUUGAAAAACAGAUUUUCACAAUACCAUGUCCCACCAAAAAAAAAAUGGAAAAAAAAUUUUGGAUCCCAUGACAUAUCACAAUUUCCCCGGGCCCAAUCAGUGGGACAUAGACAUUAUGAUGGGAAUCACUGGUGUAGAGAAUAAAUCUUUCUGUGUGUCUGUGUCAAUUGUAUAUCCGUUUGUAUGUAUAUACAAACACACAUUUGUUUAUUUGUUUUUAUGCCUGAUUUUUCUAUGCUAACAUAAAAAAACAUAUUGAAUCAUUGA